AUGGAAGUGCUUGAGAAUGUUCAUGAUGAUGCGACCGGUUCAAAGGAAAAAGAUGCAGCUUUAGAUUUGCUUAACCGAAUGGAAAAUUUUGAAUUUCUGAGCUUUAUCCAGAAUAUUUUUCUUACAUUUGAUUUGAUGAUGUUGAGUGAUCAAUUGGAGAUAUAUAUACAUGAUGUGAGGCAAAGUGCCAAUUUUGUUAUAAUUGUGGGAAUCAGGGAACUUACAAAAAAGCUGGUCGAAUUAGAGAAGUACACUGUCUAUCCCCUUAUUUAUCAAUUGAUUGAAUUAGCAUUGAUUUUGCCAGUUUCAACUGCUUCAGUUGAAAAGGCAUUUUCAGCUAUGAAUAUUAUCAAGACCGAUUUGCGUAACAAAAUGGGUGAUGAAUUUCUAAGCGACAACUUAGUAUGUGUUUUUGAGAAACAAAUUUUUGUGAAGAUUGAUGACAAGCUCAUUUUACAACGCUUUCAAGCUAUAAAGACGCGAAGAAUACAACUACCUCUCCGCGAUCGAAACUAA